GCACGCGCAGGGCCGGCGGCGCGCGCCGAGCGGGGGGCACCGCGCGGGUGCAGCCACGAUGGAAGGGGGUGCGUACGGAGCGGGCAAAGCCGGGGGCGCCUUCGACCCCCACACCCUGGUCCGGCAGCCGCACACCAUCCUGCGCGUCGUGUCUUGGGUGUUCUCCAUCGUGGUGUUCGGCUCCAUCGUGAACGAGGGCUACCUCAACAACAACUCGGAGGGCGAGAAGUUCUGCAUCUACAACCGCAACCCCAACGCCUGCAGCUAUGGCGUGGCCGUGGGCGUGCUCGCCUUCCUCACCUGCCUGCUGUACCUGGCCCUGGAUGUGUACUUCCCACAGAUCAGCAGCGUGAAGGACCGCAAGAAGGCCGUCCUGUCCGACAUCGGUGUCUCAGCCUUCUGGGCCUUCCUCUGGUUCGUGGGCUUCUGCUUCCUGGCCAACCAGUGGCAGGUGUCCAAGCCCAAGGACAACCCGAUGAAUGAAGGGACGGAUGCGGCUCGGGCCGCCAUCACCUUCUCCUUCUUCUCCAUCUUCACGUGGGCGGGCCAGGCCAUGCUGGCCUUCCAGCGGUAUCAGAUUGGCGCCGACUCGGCCCUCUUCUCCCAGGACUACAUGGACCCCAGCCAGGACUCCAGCAUGCCUUACGCCCCCUACGUGGAGCCCAGCACCGGGCCAGACCCCACCGGCAUGGGUGGUACCUACCAGCAACCGGCCAACGCCUUUGACGCCGAGCCCCAGGGCUACCAGUCGCAGGGCUACUGAGCUGCAGUGACCGCCUGCCCCUCGCCUGUCCCUGCCCCGGUCCCAGCCGCCCCUGCCCUCCCCGCCCCCCCACCGCCCACCGCCCACGCCCAGACCCCCGCGCCCUCCCAGGCUGCCCUGCCCAGCGCCUCGUCCCACCGACGUCCAGGGCAGCUCGGGGUGGGAUGGGGCAGUAAGGUGUUGGGGGUGCAUCUACACGUGUGCGAGUCUGUCCGGCGGGGGCUGGGGGUGUUCGCGUUCAUCCGUUGUGUCGUCGAGUGUUCAUUGAGUGCCUGCUGUGUGUCAGGUGUGUGCUUGGCACCGGUGGUGAAAGAGAAACGGUCCCGGAAAGGAGGCAGACGAGGGACGGAGGAGGCCCCGUGGGUACCAGAGGUGGGAGCGGUGCGAGAGAUAGACCCGGAUGAUGCCGGCAAGGUUUGGCCCCGGGGUGGGUGUGAAUGCCUGCAGGACACUGGGGGUUGUCACCUGCCGGAGUGACGGCAGCCCUACUGUGGGUGUUGGGGCUGUCUCCAUUUCGUGGCUGAGGAAACUGAGGCCUGGAAAAGUCAAGGUCACUUGCCCAGGGUCACUCGGCAGCCAGUGAGAGUUGGCUCCAAGCCCAGGCCACCUGACUGCGGAGCACCUGCUGUCCCCUGUCCUCCCUGCCUUCCCCAUCCCCCAGCCUGGGGCUCCACCUCUCAGUGCUAUCAUCACACUCUGGGAGGCCUUGGGGACCUCAGCCCGUGAGAUACCCUGAUUCUGCUGCAAGCCGGGGGCCUGUUCUGCCCGGCUGGCUGCUCCCGAAGUGGGACAGCCCUGUCUCUAGGCCCCUCUCCCCACGUCCCCACCAACCCCUGCCCUGGUCUCCUGUCAGGGUGGGAGGGCCCGGGAGGCUUGCCUCACUCGCCCGUUUCACCCGUGUACUGCUCCGUGCCGUGCGUGCCCCACCGGCAGCUCCGGUGGCCCCCCAAAGGACUGACCGCUGUCCCUGCCCAGGGCCGGGUGGGCGAGGAGGCCCGGAACAGGGAGCGCGAGAGGCCCAAGGUCACAGCGAGUAAGUGGCAGAGCCGGGCUUACUGCCCGGGGUUCUUGGUCCCAGCCACUCAGCAGGUGCCCCGAUUCCCUGCCCUCGUGACCUCCCAGGAAACAGAGCUGAUCUGGAACACUGUGUCAUCUUUCCCUCGGCCAGGGUUAGCCAGGGGGGCUCAGGGGCUGGAACUGCCAAGGACCCAGAGGGUCCUUCCACUGGCCUUGCAAAAGGCCUGAUGAGAGGACAAUGUGGGAGUCAGAGUAGAGACAGCAGGGACUCUGGGCCCAGCAAAGCCAGCCAUUGAGCUGGCGGGGAGGAGGCCUGGGCUGUAGUGGAGAUGGUAAGCAGGCGACUCCAAAGGCACAAGGAGGGUUGGGAGCAGAGAGAGACUCUUGCACAGGUGGGCUCUUCACUGAGCCUUGAGGGGCGGGGAGGCCUUACAGGAUGGAGGUGUGGGGGGACAUGGGGCCCAGCUUCCACUGGCCAGUGCCUCGGGGAGCAGGACAAGGGGAUUGUGGCUCGGCACCGUGCUGGAUGUCCCUGCCACCGGCACCCCGUUCCCCCACCAGAAGCCUCAGAGGCAGGUGACACUCACUCCCGCAGACUCCGCUGUUACACCAGGGAUUCAGAAGGCAUGCAAGCCGGUGGUCCAGAGAUGGGCCCCAAACCCGCCGCUACCCAGGGUCCCCCAGAGGGCAGUGUGUUAUAUGAGAGCUUGUGAAGGGGUGAGGCUCCCCGAGGAGGGGCAGGAGCAGCACCGCAGAGGGAGAGAGAGGGAAUUUCCCAGGUAGAGAAGUGGCACCGCUGUCCCCGCUUAACCGCAGAGGAAACAGAGGCUCAGAGUGUGAAUGAGUUAGCGGGGGAGCAUGCAUCUGAACCCCAGCCUGUCCAAGCCCUCCCCGGGGUGCAGCAGUGACAGCAGAGAACCCCAGGCAGCUGAGCAGCAGCUCAGGGUUGCUGACUCCGGUUUUCCACAUCUGGCGGAGGGACUCUGUCCAUGGUACCCCCGCUCCCGGUGGCCCAAGUGGGGACGGGAUGAGGUUGCGGUAUCUGCCAGGCCGAGCGGUGGAACCUGUUCCCAGACCAGGUUUACGAAGCAGGUAAGGGUGCGGGUGGUCGUGGGUGUGCUUCUGGCAAAGUGAAGUCCUGUGCCGGUGCCGGAGGCUGUGAGAGGCCCUUCCCUUCGCCCACUCCCCACCAAGCACCUCCCCUGCCGAUGGACACAGGGGGACCCCAGGGCGCUGUCCAUCCGUUCUCCCUGGGCACCGACUAGCUCCUCGUGAUGCUAGGAACCACUUAAGCUUCAUCCAACCCCUGGGUGUUCCUCAUAGACUCUCCCUGCCACCCCAGACUGGGAAGGUUUACAGGACGCCUGCCAGGAGUGAGGGGCACCGAAUCCUCUCACUUUGCAUUCCUCCCUUGACCUGGGGUGCAGACCUGGAGUACAGCCCAGAUGUGAUCCCACCAUCAGGCUGGCUCUUGACAGGGACCAGCCAGUGGUGGAGGGAGAGAGGGCGGAGGGUGGGAUUUGGCUGAGACCCAAGGCUCCUGACUCCCCUUUUGGGAGGUUGGUAACGACGUCCUGCUUCUUCCCCUGGCCGAGGACAGCCCCCCAGGGCCCCCAAGGUGUAUUCACAAGCCAGUGGUGUACUCUUGCCUCCCUCGGCCUCUCUCUUGCUUCCAAGACUUUUAUUUAUUAUUUAUUUUUAUUUUUGGAGAAGACUCCCCCCCCGCACCCCCUGCCCCAGCCUGACCUUGCCGAGUUUGGGCUUCCUGCUCCCACCAAGCACAAGAGAGGGCUCAGGAAAGCUGGGUUCCACUAAGUUUAGAGCUGCAAAUACCCUUAGAGAUGGUAGAGUCAGCCGGGAAGACAGUGACUUGUGCAAAGUCACACACAGAGGCAGAGGUUUGGGAUCUGGGUCUCUUGCCUCCAAGUUAACACUCAUCCUGCGCAGUCAAAGCCCGUCUGCCUGGGGGUGGCUUCUGGUACCUGGGGGUGUAACCAUUGGGCUAACUCCCCGGGGAGUGGCAUCCGCUCCCUACUCCAACCUUCCCUGGUGAGUUUUGAUCUUCAAAGACUCUUGGGGGUCCCAGGCUUCCCCCAUGUAACCAAGAGCCCCCACUUGUUACCCCUUGAGGGCCCCCCAACCUUGACCCCAGACCCCUUUGAUUGUCUAAGGAGCAGGAAGAGGGACCACCCUUCCAAAGAGUUUGUAGGAGGAUGGGCUGGUCCAGUCGCCUCCGAGCGCUGCCCCUCGAUGUGACACUCCCCCUCCCCUGGUGCCCACAGCCCUCGUCUGGGUGUCCCGGCCCUCCCGCAGCGUAACUGCCUGUGUAUAGUAUAAAUAUAUAUAUUUUCUAUAUAUAAGAUGUAUAAUAUAAGGCUCCACAAAUAUAUCUCUGUGUGUGUGCGUGUGUGCAGUGAAUGGCGGUCCCCCUCCUGGGCCCCCACUCUGGACUCCCCCACCACCUGGUUAAGUCUCAAGAGUGAAUCCAGUGGCCCCGUGGCACCCUCCUUUAUGACAUCUGUCCAUUUGUGGUGAACCAAGUGAAGGUGGUGACUUCUGGUGACAUAGUAAUAAAGUGAAGACAAAACCCA